AUGGCCGCAACGUUGCUCAAGGAAACCGGCGCGAAUACGGAUAUCCGUCCUCGGAAACGGGUCAAAACCUCCAGAGAAAACCGACCCACAAAAUCGCAACAGCCUGGGAUCUUCGCACCAUUCCGCGCUCUCGGUCUUGUUACGAACCAUGUACCAUUUGCACUCCAAACCAGAAGCUUCAAGGGUGCCACGGACGGACCAAGAGUUCAUAUAUUGACGUGCCUUGGGCGUAGCUGGGCAUUAUGGGAGGGUGGAAAGAUGGGGCUACUGUUCGUCGGGCCUGAGACGGAGACACCGAUAACAAGUAUCCUACUCGAUGGUGAUGCCGUAUGGGCAUCCUCAGGGCCGCAUGUGAUCAAGUACAUCCGGGGGCGGGAAGUGGCUCGUAUGACGAACCCGUUGGGGUCCACGAUUUCGGACAUGCUGAUCUUUGGCGGGCAACUGCUCGGCCUUUCCGAAGAUGGCAACAGAAUGUGCGUAUGGAAUACCGAAGACGGGGAACUACAGGGAUCUAUCGAGUUCUCUCCGGGAUUUACAGCGACGACAUUACUUCAUCCUGCGACAUACUUGAACAAGGUGUUGGUUGCGAGCAGUGAAGGUUCUAUGCAGUUAUGGAACAUUCGCACACAAACUCUCAUACAUACAUUUUCCGCUUCAAACAUGCUUACUCUACCGGCCUCUGUCGUGCAUAACCCCGCCGCCAUUGCAUCUCUUACCCAGUCUCCUGCCAUCGACGUUGUCGGGGUCGGUUUCUCGUCUGGAGAGAUAUCUGUAUAUGACGUCCGCUCAGACGAGCGUCUAAUGCGUAUGUUCAUGGACGGAGCCGGCCCAGGCGGUGUGCGCGCUUUGAGCUUCCGCUCUGACGGUGAACCUAUACUGGCCAGCGCAUCAUCCUCAGGACACAUAGCGUUGUGGGAUCUCAACGCCGGAGGCAGACUCCUUCACGUCGUCCGCGGUGCCCACGAUGGUGCUGUUACUGCCUUGGAAUGGAUACCUGGACAACCGGUGUUGCUCAGCUCUGGUGAAGAUAACAGUUUGAAGCAAUGGCUAUUUGACUCGCCGACAGCUCCUCCCAGGCUUCUCAAGUUCCGUUCAGGUCACCACGCACCUCCGCAUCUUAUCCGUUUCUACGGAGAUGAUGGAAAACAACUACUCACCGCAGGCCGGGAUCGGACACUGCGUUGUACAAGUGUUGUACGCGACGCCCGUAGCUUUGAAUUCAGCCAAGGUUCGCUUUCGAAGAAAGCUACCAAUCUUUCCAUACCCCUAUCUUCACUAAAAUUCUCGCCGGUAACCUCUUUAUCAUUUUCGACAACAAGGUCGAAGGACUGGGAUGAUGUCGUCACCUCUCAUGCUGAUGAGACGUUCGCGAGAUCAUGGUCCGUACUUAACAAGAGAGUAGGCAAGCACUCCUUCAGCACGCUGCCUGACGACCAGGCCAGACCCAAAGGUCCGACUGGCAGUGUUAAGGCCGUGUGCGUUUCCGGAUGCGGAAACUUUUCCAUCAUUGGGUCGUCCACUGGUGCCAUCAGCAUGUGGAACAUGCAGUCAGGCCUUAAACGGAAGACGUUCGACGUAGGGCCCUAUCCUGUAGGCAAUUCGCAAACUGCCGCGAAGAAGGACAAAGGCAACCAACGCUGCAUUACCGGUUUAGCUAGCGAUGCCCUCAACCGAGUAGUUGUUGCGAGUACUUUGGAUGGAACAGUAAACUUCUUUGACUUUCACACGACUAAGCUCGAGACCGUCCUUUCUCUUCCCACCGCCGCCGUGUCGAUCAGCUUACAGCGGGACAGCGGUCUGAUCGCCGUGGUCUGCGACGACCUAGUCGUACGUGUGGUUGACAUCGAAACGCGGAAGGUCGUCCGUGAGCUAGGCGGCUUCAGAGGCAGAGUGCUGGACGUCACCUUCUCUCCGGACUCACGUUGGCUCAUCACCACGUCGUUGGACUCCGUGGUCAGGACGUUCGACGUGCCCACCGGUCGUUGCAUCGACGCUUUCCGCACCUCGAGCAUCGCAACAAGCAUCUCUUUCUCUCCUACUGGGGAGUUCUUGGCUACAAGUCACGUCGAUAGCGUGGGCGUUUAUCUAUGGGCAAACCGCGCACAAUUCUCGGAAGUGUCCCUGCGCUCAGCGGUUGAGGACGAGAUUCCGGACGUUGCACUGCCUAGCGUCCAAGAUUACACAGAGGACGAUGCGUUGGAUGGCCUUCGUGCACUGACGGUGACGCAAGACUCGACGGACGUGUUCAUGUCGCCGCCCCAAAUCGGAGAGGAACUCGUCACUUUGACUCUGCUCCCUCGGUCAAGGUGGCAGACGCUACUGAACCUCGAGGUCAUUCAACAACGCAAUAAGCCAAAGGAGCCACCCAAAGCACCGGAAAAGGCGCCGUUCUUCCUGCCCACAUUGCCUGGCGUUGAACACCGGUUCGCGAUCGAGAAACCGGAGGCAGCAGAAAAGAAGCCUACCCGACGCUUGGAGAAGGCAGCCGCACAGUCCGAGAGCAUCUUCUACAAAAAGCUGGAAGCGGAAGAUCCUGAGGGCAUAUAUGAGGAUCUCUUCACGUACGCGAAGACGCUGUCCCCUGCUGCGGUUGAUCUGGAACUGAGGCAGCUCACGUCGCUGGACGCCAUACGGCAAUUUCUGCACGCUCUCAUCCGCCGCUUACGGUCCCACCGUGACUUUGAAGCCGUGCAGACACUGCAAAACGUGUUUUUGCGUAUGCACGGCGAUGUCAUCAUCGCCAACGCUGAGCUGUUGGACACGUUGGCGGAGCUUAGGAGCGUCCAGCGGCGAGAGAGUGAGCGAAUACUAGAGCUCAUAGAAUGCAGCGCCGGAACCUUGGGUUUCGUUCGCGAUACUAUGUAA